AUGUCAAGAAAUAUUGAUGGGUACUGGUCUUCCGAAGACGAGGGUGAAGUGAGAUCUGGAAGGAGCAUGUGUCUUAUGGCAAGACAGUCGAUCGAGUGUGACGAAGGCUACUUGUCUUUAGGUUCAGAAGAAGAUGAUGACGAUGCUGACCUGAACAUUUCCUACAUGGCAAAAAAUGAUCCACCUCGCAGAAACAUCAUCCAACAGAAAGACUUUCUGCAUGAUCUGAAGCUCGCUCGUAAUGCUGGUUACAUGACAUAUGACAACAAUAUAAACUCACAAAUUCGAGGUUAUGGUGUCUUGAUCAAUCGCAAUUUCUCUGUCUCUAAUGUGGCGUUCACUUGGGUCUUCUUCCCUAGGAUAAAAUCCGCAACAACCACUGAAAUCAGUAACUUCAUUAAAGGAAUUGAAGUUCUUGUCAAACUCCAUGUUAGAAGACUCCAAAGUGACAAUGGAUCUGAAUUCACCAAUGUCACUAUUGAGAAAUUCCUCUUCGACAAAGGCAUUGACCACAAUUUCUCUACUUAUUACACUUAUCAGCAAAACGGUGUGGUUGAAAGAAGAAACAGAACUCUCGUUGAAGCCCCUCAAACAAUGCUGAAGUUUGCAAAUCUUCCUCUCUAUCUUUGGGUUGAAGUUGUGUCUACUACCAACUUCACUCAAAACGAAAGCAUCAUCAAUCGCCAUCUCAACAUGACACCGUAUGAAGCCAUCAAUGGUUGA